AUGUCGACUACAUGGCAAGUUUUACUUGCACUUGAUGCUCGGUAUAAUGCUCAUCGAACGCCAAAUAACCUGCAAUUUAAAACACUUUACAUUCGAAGACGAAGUCAAUUAUUACGUGAUAACCAUCCAGUUGAAAAUGAUGUAAAUAUUCGAAAACAUUACUUGAAACUACGAUCAGUUCUACUAGCAUCAAGAUAUGGAGCAAAUCUAUUUGAUAGCAGAUCAAAUGGUAGUCAUGCUAGUCGAAUGAAUUCAAUAUCUGAAAGUGCUGAUUCAUUUGCUGAUUGGACAAGAAGAAAUACGACGAUAACAACAAAUAAUAUGUUAAUUGAUGAUAUUCCAGAAACACACAUGACUCCAUUUUCAGCAUCAUCUCUUUCAAAUGUUUCAACAACUAGCAGAGCGUUAGCAAUGGGAAGAUCUUUAGAAGAAGCUUAUGCAUUUUCUGGUGUACAUCAUAUAUUUGAUCAUCAUAAAGGUUCAGUUACAAGAGUUCAAUUUGCACCUAAUGAUCGAAGUCUAUUAGCAACAUGUGGUCGUGAUGGAAUUCUUGCUAUAUGUCAAGUUCUUCCAACACCAGCAACAAUUAUCUAUCGAUUAAAAGGUCAUACAGCUGCAAUAAAUGAUAUGCAAUGGUCAUCAAUAAAUGAUUUAUUAGUAACAGCUAGUAGUGAUUCAAGUAUACGUAUAUGGCAAAUUUCAAAUGGAAAAUGUAUGCGUGUUAUUGAAAGUACACCUGGUAUUGAAAAUCUGUGUUGUUGUUUUCAUCCAUCAAAUAAUAAUUUUAUUGCGGUUGGAAAUAAUCGAGGAAUAUUGCAAAUAUUUAAUGUAUCAACUGGCAAAGCACUUAAGAAUUGUGUAAUUAAAUGUUAUGGUCGUUCAAUGUGUGUUGCAUUUGAUGAAACAGGUUCGAUUUUAUGGACAGGUGAUGAUCGUGGAAAUAUAUUUGCUGCUUUAUUUGAUAUGACAACAGGAAAAUUACAUAGUUGUAAACGGGUCUUCUCAAAUAGUAAUGGUUCAGUGACAAGUCUUUCGUUUCGAUAUCGUUCUUCACGUGAUGGACGUGAAGGAUUUAUUUUGGCUAAUGUCAUACCUAAUUUAUUACUCGUAUUUAAAGUUGUUAAUACAAAUGGAAAAUUAGUUGUUCGAAAACGUUUUUCAAUACGUCAAAAAUCAUUAACAAUUCAUAGUUCAUUUUGUCCAAUUGUUUCUCAGCGUCAAGGUUUUUGUGUUGUUAGUGCAAGUGAAGAUAUGUGUGUUUAUCUUUAUGAUGUUGAUCGAGAAGUUCGUACAUUAAUCAAUAAAUUACAAGGACAUUGUUCAGCUGUAUUUGAUGUUUCAUUUAAUGCUGAUGAAAAUUUAUUAGCAUCAUGUGAUCAGCAAGGACUUGUUAUUAUUUGGCAACGAGAUAAUCGAUAA